GUGCCCCCAUUACUAGCCGGUUGCCCAGAAACAUUACCGUCGCUCUCAUCUUCCCUCCUCUCUUUCGUACCUUUGCAUCCAUUCACAAUCAUCAUAUUCAUAUCUGAUUGAAUAUCGCCUUGUUCCGCCAUGGCCGCCGCAAACGUUUCCUUCGUUCCCGGUCAGCACCCUUACUACCCCAUUGAGAAGGAGAUUGUGGGCUACCUGGCCAACAAAUGGGACACACUCGACCUCCUGCUGAUGUUCGCUGCGGGCUGCGUGGGCAUCUUUGGCGUCACGUAUGUCAUGGUCAAGCGUCUGAGACCCAAUGCCAGCACCGGCGACUUGUCCACCAUCAUGUGGUUCGUGCUGUGCGGCUGCAUACACUCGUUCUUUGAGGGCUACUUUGCCUACAACUUCAGGAACAUGGGCGGCCUCAACGAUCUGUUCGGCCAGCUGUGGAAGGAGUAUGCGCUGAGCGACUCGCGUUACCUCACCCAGGAUGCAUUCGUGCUCUGCAUGGAGACUGUUACUGCUGUCUUCUGGGGCCCCGGAUCGUUCCUUUGUGCUUAUCUCAUCUCCAUCGAUCACCCGCUACGCUACUCGGCCCAACUCAUCGUCUCGCUCGGUCAAUUCUACGGCGACGUCCUCUACUACGCAACCUCGCUCUUCGACCACUACAUUCUCAACUUGUCAUACUCGCGCCCCGAGCAGUUCUACUACUGGGGUUACUUUGUCCUCAUGAACGCUUUCUGGAUUGUCAUCCCGGGAUACCUCAUGUACCAGAGCGUCAUGGCUACCUGGAGCGCGUUUGCGGCGGUCAAUGACGCGGCAAAGCUUGUUGAGAAGAUGGGCAAGAAGCGGAACUAGCAUUGCUCCACGCUUGUCGUAGAACAGCACAUCAAUACUUGCAACCAAGUUCGAGCAUCAUUGUGAAAACAGGGGUUCGGGGAAACGACCACCCUUUCCGCAAUGGCUGCAUGCGAGAUGGAGGAAGAUGGCUACUUAGCGUUAAUUUCUAAAUGUGUUCACCGGACCUUACGCAGGCCACGAUAGAUGUCGAUACCCUAGAUUUGAAGGCAUGCUUCAAUUGAGGCGCGCUUGACUGAUAGGCUUUGGUUGUGCCAAUAGAACGAAUUAGACUUUGUAACUGCA